GCCGCCGACACCUCGUCAGAGACAUCGGCCUGCCCCGAGUGCUGCGGGAGGAGGCUGAGGCUCCAUCCCUUCGCAGGGGUCGUACGCCUUUAAAAGGCGGAGCUAGAGCCGUCGCGCGGUGCACGGUGGGAGAGGCCGAGUCCUAGUUGGGUAAACACGGCCCGGCAGUACGUCUGUACGUGUUCGCAAGGGAAAAGACCAUGGCAUCUGGGGCUGUAAUAGCCUCUACUCCUCCGGGAGGUUCGAAUGAUGUGGGCUUGGAAGAGCCAAAGAAGAUGACAAGAGAGGACUGGAGGAAGAAGAAGGAGCUAGAAGAACAGAGAAAGCUGGGUAAUGCACCAGCCGAAGUAGACGAGGAAGGAAAAGAUAUCAAUCCUCAUAUUCCUCAGUACAUCUCCUCAGUGCCAUGGUACAUAGAUCCUUCAAAACGACCUACGCUAAAGCACCAGAGACCUCAGCCAGAGAAGCAGAAGCAGUUUAGCACAUCUGGAGACUGGUAUAAACGAGGGGUUCAAGAGAAUGCUUUAGCAACAAGAUAUCGCAAAGGGGCCUGUGAGAACUGUGGUGCAAUGACACACAACAAGAAAGACUGCCUAGAGAGACCCAGGAAAGUAGGAGCAAAAUACACAAGCAUGAACAUUGCUCCAGAUGAACAUAUACAGCCUCAACUGAUGUUUGAUUAUGAUGGGAAGAGAGAUCGUUGGAAUGGUUAUAACCCAGAAGAGCAUAUGAAGAUUGUAGAAGAAUAUUCUAAAGUUGACUUGGCCAAACGGACACUGAAAGCCCAGAAGCUGCAGGAAGAGUUGGCAUCAGGGAAACUAGAACAGGUGAAUUCCCCAAGACACCAGUGGGGAGAAGAGGAACCAAAUUCACAGACAGAACGAGAUCAUAACAGUGAAGAUGAGGAUGAAGAUAAAUACGCAGAUGAUAUUGACAUGCCCGGACAGAACUUUGACUCCAAAAGGCGUAUUACAGUCCGAAACUUACGUAUCCGGGAAGAUAUUGCAAAAUACUUGAGGAAUCUGGAUCCAAACUCUGCCUACUACGAUCCUAAAACGAGAGCGAUGAGGGAGAACCCAUAUGCUAACACCGGCAAAAAUCCAGAUGAGGUUGGUUAUGCAGGUGACAACUUUGUUCGUUACACCGGAGAUACCAUUUCAAUGGCACAGACUCAAUUGUUUGCUUGGGAGGCUUAUGACAAAGGCUCUGAAGUUCAUCUUCAAGCAGACCCUACAAAGCUAGAACUUCUAUACAAAUCCUUCAAAGUGAAAAAAGAAGAUUUCAAGGCACAGCAAAAAGAAGGCAUUCUAGAGAAGUACGGAGGACAAGAACAUCUGGAUGCCCCACCAGCUGAAUUGCUGUUAGCUCAGACAGAAGACUAUGUGGAGUAUUCUAGACAUGGAACAGUUAUCAAAGGACAAGAGAAAGCUAUUGCUCGCUCUAAAUAUGAAGAGGAUGUAAUGAUCAACAACCAUACGUGUAUUUGGGGUUCAUACUGGAAGGAAGGCAAGUGGGGCUAUAAAUGCUGCCAUUCAUUUGUCAAGUAUUCCUAUUGUACAGGAGAAGCUGGGAAAGAGAUUGCUAAUGCUGAGGCAGACUUGCCAGAUGAAGAAUUCAUGGAGGAAGAAUACAUGGCAAAACCCAAAACACUGGUGGAGAUGCAUCAAGAAAAACAGAAAGAAGAGAAGAAGAAGAAAAAGAAGAAGCAUAAGAAGAGCUCAAAUUCAGAUAGUGAAGGUGAAGAGAGGAAGAAACAAGAAAAACUGAAAAAGGCAUUAAAUGCAGAAGAGGCUCGUCUCCUCCAUGUUAAAGAACUCAUGCAGUUAGAUGAGAGGAAGAGGCCAUAUAACAGCAUGUACGAAGCCCGCGAACCAACAGAGGAGGAAAUGGAGGCUUAUAGAAUGAAACGACAAAGACCAGAUGAUCCUAUGGCUUCCUUUCUUGGACAGUAAUCAUGUGAAAAGUAUUGCAACAUGCAGGACUGGCUGUCAAUACAUGAUACUUGGGGAGCAAGUAUCUAGAAUUUUGGUUAUUUCCACAUUUCUGUGAAAUGUCGCAGAAAUGGCACUUUUUAACAAGGAAGAAGUCAGUGAAUGGUAUUUAAAGCAAGUGCUUUCAAGCUUAUUAAUGUAAUGUGGGGUGCUUUUCUUUCUUUUUUAAGUAUAUUUAGUAUAGACUCGAUGCUACUGAAGCAUAAGUAGUGGACAGCUGCUUUAAGUCCCUUAUACCAGUACAACAUGAAGGAAGAGACUGUCUGGUCAGGAAAAUUAACUGUACCUAAUUGAGCUGGUCAGCAGGUGUCACUGUUUCAACACCAAUUUCUGAAUAUAUAACAAGUGGUGCCUAGAUUAUCAUCACUGAUGGGUCUUUUCCUGCAAAUGGCACAAAGUGGAAAAUAGAAUCAUUCUUAGUCAUUUGUCAUACCUAUUUUGUGAAUGCAGAAUGUAAAAACUGAUCUGCUGUGAUGUACAGACUGGUUAAAUUGAAUAUAAAGUUUUAAUGCUGUCCAUUAAUGGGUGUACUGAAAAGGUUAAGAAAAGCUUAGUCUACAGACCCUGAAAUUUCUAUUUUAAUCAUCAGUAUAGUCUUUUAUACAUAUUCCUUCUUUGCCAGUCUCCACUGAAAAUGCAAUGUAUUGUGAAAAUUUGACCAUCUUUGUUUGCACUGCGUUCUAAUUUUAAUAGACAUGAAUUCCAUUCCAAGCAUUUAGAUUGUCCUGGCAUCAACACUUGUCACUGUGGCGGUUUGAUUUUUGAGGAUAAAUAUUUGUAUACUUCAUAAAUUAAUUCCAUCUCUUAAUCUGCAAUAUUAAAUGUCAGGUGUAAGAGCCAAUAUCUAGUUGUGAUCAUCUUGGAUUAAAUACAGGAUAUUUAUACUGUUGGAACCAUGAUUUCUAGGUUUCUAAGGGGAGAGAUGCAAGAUUUGGUUAAGAACUAUCCAGGGAUAGAAGCAUUGAAUUUUGGCACUGGUGACACUUCCUACAUAGCUUUUAGAAGUUGUGUAACUUCUACCAGAAAGCUACUGGGUUCAACUGAUUCACAUUAAGAAUUGACUGUGCUGCAAGUACUACAGCUGGAGGGGCUAAGUACCACAGAGAGAAGCUUAUAACCAUAGUUUGUUAAAUAUGUAAUUUAUAUAAAUAUAGUUGCAGUUAUAGCGCUAUAGUGCAAAAAGUUUUAUCAAUCUGGAGUUACACAGCUGUUCCCAACUGGCAAAUAUAAACAGAUGUUAAUAAAGUUUCUUAUGGCCCUCCUGUUUUAUAAAUAGAAGCCCUAAUUACAGUGGGGAAAUAACAACUUUGAGAGCUAAUGUCCAUUGAACCAGAGGAGUUGGCUAUGGUGUGCUUACUAGGGCUGUGCAAAGCUUCGGUCCCUUACUCGAUUUGGCGGAGAUCCAGCCUGAUUAGGUGGCCGAAUCUUUGAAUUCAGAUCAAAUCAGGAGACCCUUCAAUCUCUCCAAAUCAAAUUGGAACCCUCCGAAUUGGGACAGAUUCAGAAAGAUUUGGUGAUUUGAACAUAGACACAGCUUUAAAUGUUUUCUCUACAUACCUCAAGGUAACAGGCAGCUCAUGAAUGCUGAGAUGCUAGGGCAGAUAGUGUCCCACAGGAGCACGGGGGACUCCCAAGCACGCUCGGCAGCAGACCCAGAAGUGGACCAGAAGCACUUCUGGUCCACUUCCAGAUCCACCGGGGAGCGUGUGGGGGUGGGCCCAUGCCCCUGCCCCCAGCUCAGUGACUGGUGCCUCCUGGGUCUAGGGAGGCAGCUGGAGUCCUCUUGAGGCUGACUGCUGAGCCGGGGGCUGCAAGGGGACCCCCCAGCAUCACAGUGUUCACGAGCCGCACCUGGUACCUCAAGGUAUGUAGAAAAAAUAUUUAAAGCUAUCUAUGUCUGAAUCACUGAUUCUUUGAAUCGGCACUGAAUCUUUGGAUUCGGCCAAAUCAAAUCGGGGACAGCGAUUGAAAUCAAUGGAUCGAAUCACUGUCCCCGAUUUGGGCCGAAUCCAAAUCUGAAUCGAAUACAGUGCAUUUCACACACCCCUAGUGCUUACCAAUUAAAUCACUUAUGUUGCAACUUUCCACCUGUGAAGUUAGUUGAUAGCACAUCAGUUUGUUUUGUGUUGCAUUUUCCUGUUCCCACUGCACUAAUUAAGAUUCAGAACAAAAAUCAAUUGCUGCUAAGGUCUUGUUUUUAACCUUGUAGAUUCUAGAGCAUUUUGACUUGCAAGACAGAAACCCAGUUACAGUGUGGAAUCAUUAACGCACAACCAAUGUGAGGGGAAUGAAACUAUAAGCUUAAGCAUUCUUAUUUUACAAGUCAGUCUUCUGUCACGUCAGCAUAGAAAUAUCACCUUCUUUUCCAUUGUCUUAACUUUUUUUUUCCUGGCUCUCACUAGUGACUUAAGUGCUUUUAUAUCAAUUCUUCAGGGAUGAUAAAAUGCAAAGCAUCCAACUGCAACCAGUUAUGUCUGAUGUAAGAGCUGUGGAUCAUAUUUACAUGGAAUACUGUAUGUUCUUAUGUAAUACAAACAUACUUAUUUCUUG